ACAUUUUAAAGUGGGACUCGUAGUGUUUCUAUAUAGUUUGUGGUGGGACUUGAUUAAAUAGAAAAAGGCAUUGAGAUAAAUGUACUACGAAGCACAUUCCUUAUAGACAUGUCACUGCCAGAUGAUUCAAAAUAUGUGGUCAAAACUGAAGAAGGCCCUGUAUGUGGAUAUAUUGAUAAAGUUGAUGGAAAAUCUUAUUACAAAUUCAAGAAAAUUCCAUAUGCUAGACCACCUAUUGGAAGCUUGAGGUUUCUGCCUCCUUUACCCAUUAAACCUUGGGAUGAAGAAUUAGAUUGCACUCAAGAUGCGCCACUACCAUUCAGCUAUUUCGUGAAUAAUCAAAUAGUUGGUUCAGAAGACUGUCUUUAUAUUGAAAUUUGUACGCCUAAAAUUUGCACUGACAAACUCUUACCCGUUAUGUUCUGGAUUGGGGGUUUUAGUUUUAUUUGCUACAUGGACUCAAUAUUAGAUCCGAAAUUAAUAGUUGAGCAGGAUAUAGUAUUUGUAAGGUGUGGAUAUCGAAUGGGACCAUUUGGAUUUCUAUCCAUUAAUGAGUUCGUAGCACCAGGUAACAAUGGCUUGAAAGAUAUUGUAAUGGCUUUGCAAUGGAUUCAGAGAAAUAUUAGAGCUUUCGGUGGAGAUCCUGAUAAUGUUACAAUAUUUGGCAUAAGUUCUGGUGCGUCCCUAGUUCACUAUAUGAUGUUAUCGCCAAUGGCAUCAGGUCUUUUUCAUAAAGCUAUCAUUCAAAGUGCCAGUGCAAUAAAUAACUGGUCUUUAGAGAAAAAUCCAACACAGCCUGUAAUCAAAUUAGCCAAAGAAUUAAAAAUCACGAAAACAGAUAUUGUUGAAAUUGUUAAAGAGUUAAAAAAUGUACCACCUAUGGAUAUUAUGAAAGCUUGUAUUGAACUAAUAAAAGAGUUACAGUUUGGUGAGAGUGUUACAUUUGAUUCCCUUUUUAAACCCUGUAUAGAGAACGAGUUUGAAAGUAUACCAAUAUUUCUUUCUAAAAGUCCCGCUGUUAUUCUCAAAUCUGGUGUGGUUAAUAAAGUGCCAUUUAUAAUCGGUGUCAACAAUGCCGAAGCCUCUGUAUUAGACUACUUAAAAGGAAUUUUUUUUGACAAUUAUGAAAGAAAAAAUGAAAAUGUCAACCUUCUGGUACCAAAAUCUAUAGCCAAUGAAACAUUAUCGAACAAAAUAAGUCAGAAGAUAUUGGAUUUUUAUUUGGAUGGUGAACAAACUUUUCGAGAAGAUUCAAAACAACAAUAUGUUCAGAUGAUGAGUGACUAUUAUUUCCUAUAUAACGUGAAUAAAACUAUUAGAAUACAAAAACAGAUGGCACCGGAAUGUCCUUUAUAUUAUUAUAUUAUUAAUUAUGGCGGCGAAUGGUCGGUUCCAAAGAUGUUGGACUUCUUUAAUAAUUCUGGACACGCAGCAGAAAUUCCCUUCUUAUUUUCAGUAAUUUUACCAGACGGAAGUUUAUGCAAAGGUAGUCGAGAUUCAAUGAUAACAAGGUGCAGAAUAAUAAAAAUGUGGACGAAUUUUGCUAAAUAUGGGAACCCCACGCCGGAAGAAAAUGAUCCGCUUCUAAAAAUAACAUGGGAUCCAGUGACUAGUAAAGAUGAACUUAAUUACCUGAGUAUAAGUCCAAAUUUGACGAAAGGCGUAAAUCCUUUUCACGAAAGAAUGUCAUUCUGGGAACAACUGCACAAGGAAAAUAAAUUUCUUCGAGUAGUUGCCCACUUAGAUGAUAUUGGCGUGUUUUGGUAAUCUAGAACGAUGUGUGAAGAAUUAAAUGUGUGUUCUCAAUGCCAAUAAUUUUAAACUCAUCAAGGUCGUAAUUUCGAUACCAAACUUGUGAUAUAAUGUAAAGCGAUAUACAAUGAAAGAUAUACCUCAGUAGUAUGUUAUAUUUUAUAAUAUUUUUCACAUAGCAUAAGGUGACGUCUUUUUUUUUUUUUUUUUUUAUAGAAUAGGGGGCAAACGAGCAUGCGGCUCACCUGAUGUUAAGUGACUACCGCCGCCCAUGAACAAUCGCAACACCAGGGGAAUUGCAUAUGCGUUGCCGGCCUUUUAGAAAGGUGUAAGCUCUUUUCUUGAAGGUUCCUAAGUCGUAUCGGUUCGGAAAAUUCGCUGGUGGUAAUUGAUUCCACAAAGAAGUUGUGCGAGGGAGAAAACUUCUUCUAAAUCGCACAGUGGUGGACCGCCAAUCAUCCAGAUGGUAUGGAUGGUAACGCGAGUUUUGUCGCGACGUGCGAUGGUGAAAUUGAGCGGCUGGAAUUAGUCCGAACAAUUCCUCAGAGCACUCCCCGUGAUAGAUGCGAUAAAAUACGCAAAGAGAUGCAACAUCUCUACGCAGUGCCAGUGUAUCGAGCCGAUCGGAAAGAACUCGGUCGUCGACGAUUCGAAUCGCUCUGCGCUGGAUGCGGUCAAGUGGAAGGAGCUGGCACUGGGGUGCCCCGGCCCAGAGAUGAGAACAGUAUUCCAUGUGGGGCCGAACUUGCGCUUUGUAAAGUUGCAAGCGAUGUGCCGGCAUGAAAUACUGUCUCGCUCUGCUGAGCACGCCAAGCUUUUUAGAGGCCAAUUUGGCCUACCCUUCCAAGUGACCACGAAACUGCACGCUAUUCGAUAUGUCGACGCCAAGGAUUCCGAUACUGGCUGAGGCAGCAAGGGGAGUGCCUUGAAACUGAGGAGAUACGACAAAGGGGUUCUUUUUAGCGGUAAACGCGCAAACUUGUGUCUUCUGGGGAUUGAACUGGACUAGAUUUAGUCGGCCCCAAUCCGAGACUUUGUUAAGCAAAGACUCGACUUCAGACACAAGUUUGUCCCGGUACUCGGCGACGUUUUCCCGAGAAAUAUUGGCACGGCCGGUAUAUAAGGCAUCCCCAGUGCUGUCGUCUGCAUAGCAAUGAAUGCUACCAGUUAGCAACAUAUCAUUGAUAUGCAGGAGAAACAGCGUUGGUGAUAGCACGCAGCCUUGUGGAACACCAGCGUUGAUAGGCUUGUAAUCAGAGCAUGCACCGUCUACUACGACCUUGAUGCUCCGAUCAGCAAGGAAACUGGUGAUCCAUUUGCACAAUUUCUCGGGAAGCCCAUAGGAAGGAAGCUUCGAAAGAAGCGCCUUGUGCCAGACCCGAUCGAAGGCCUUCGCUAUGUCCGAACUAACGGCCAAUGCCUCCCCCUUGGACUCUACUGCCUCCGCCCAUCUAUGAGUUAAGUAAACUAAAAGAUCACCUGCUGAUCGACCCCGACGAAAACCGUACUGACGGUCACUGAUCAGCUGGUGAUCCUCAAGGUACCUCAUGAGCUGGCAGUUUAUAAUGGAUUCCAUUAUUUUGGAGAACAAGGAGGUGAUGGCGAUAGGCCUGUAGUUGGACGGGUCUGAGCGGUCGCCUUUUUUAGGGAUCGGGUGGACCAAAGCUGUCUUCCAUGAAUUCGGGACUACGCCUUGGGAGUAGGAGUACCGGAAAAGACGCGUUAAAACCGGUGCCAACUCCGGAGCACACGUCUUCAGCACAAUGGGAGGGACUCCAUCGGGCCCACUCGACUUGCUGACGUCCAGGGAGAAGAGUGCUUUGCGAACCGAGCGCUGUGUAAAUCGCACAUCCGGCAUGGAGCACUCACAUCGCGGGAUGGUCGGCGGUGUGUUCCCCCCGUCAUCUAGAGUCGAGUUGGACGCAAAAAGAGAGCACAACAGAUCGGCAGAAUAAAUAAUAGUACUACGUACAGAAGUUGCACUCUUUUGGUGUUGACUGCUUGUCGACGUUUUAAUAGCCUGCAUAGUUAUUAUUAAUCAGAUAAAUCGUGCACGCAAGUUAAAUUAAACUUUAUCGCUGCGCGCGAGUAUUACUUUUCAUCUUUUCUCCUUCUACGACACAACGGACUUUCCGUGGUUAUUGAGGACUGUUAAUAAAGAGUAUAAAAAUACCUACAUUGUGAAAUUGUAAGUAAGUUACUUAGGUAAAGUACCUAUUCCGACUAUGAUCGUCCAUAUUUCCGCUACUAUGUGAGUUCUGUAAUACCCAACACAUGCAACUUGUAAGGCCAUUCGUCGGGAAUCGCGAUUUUAUGUCUCGUAAGAAAUAAGUAGAUAGUGUAAACAACAAAUAAACCCGAAAUACGAAUCCUAAUAGAAAUGUGGUCGUUAUCUACUUAGUUAAAAUAGUGAAGUAAAUUUCAACUAAGUUUUGUAAUAAAGUACUGAGGUAUUACUUCUGUAGUUAAAUUAUUACUUAAUUCUUUUUUUCGCUAUAAGUACCUAUCUAACAAAAAAAACAACACAUUUCAUUAUCCUUCGGUAACAUAAAAAAUGAUAUAUCUGAAUCAUUCGCUUUGCUCAUUAGGUAUCAAUCCCCUUCCCCACAGUAAUUAUAGUAGGACGUUUUGCCAUUAUCAUUGAAAUAGAUAGGUAAUAUACAUGUAUAUUAUUCUUAUAUUACAUUAAAUCUUUUUCAACUAUUUUAUCCUACAAUUAAAUAUACUAAACACUUAACAAAAACUAGUCAUAAUAACAAUUAAAAGAAUAUGAUGAUACGUCAAAAGUGCGUUCUACCUCUGAUCCCUUCGAUAUGCGGCGUUUUACGACAAUGCAGUGUUAUUCAUUUACCACCCUUACUUGAAUAACAUUUUUUUAAACAUUGCCUUUUAUAACCACUAAAUUACUAAAUCAACUUUAAUUAGGAAUAUCUAAUUAUUUAUUAAUCAAGUUGGCACAGUGACUAAAGUAUUUCUGUACUAGCUGGCCAGGCAAACUUCGUUCUGCCCUUUCCGACCACUCACUAUCCUUUAAUUUUUUUUUAAAUUCGCAAUAAAAAUAUUGAGGGUCACUUGUCGGGAUAAAAACUAUUCUAUACGGAGUUCAUCGCGGACAAACAAUGUGACACGUAAUUUUCAUAUAUAAAGAUAAUUUCUAUCACAGUCUUACUCAGUUAACAUUUAGUAACAAUGUAACCAAGUAGUUCAACACAAAGUUUGGAAAUGACUACCUCUAUAAAUUACGGUGGGUAGACAGACAUUUUCCUAAGUCAUUUUGGAACUUAUGUUAUUGUACCUAUUUAACCAUGAAAAAUACUAAUAAGAAAACGAGAAUCAAUCAACCCAUCUCGUCCCGUAUUGUUAUAAGAGGUGACAUAUGGACACAUCCUGAACCCAGAUGAUCUUGUGGUUACGUCUGAUAACUAUGAUAUGGUGAUAGAUGACGAAAUAAUCAUCUCGUAUAUGUUCGUAAAUACCAUAUGCCAAAUAUCCAGACCAACGAAUGCAGAAGGCGAGCAGCGUCAAAGGUGCGAGACUUCUAGUAUUGCGAUUGCCCAACGUGUACCUACAUUAUGAAGAACCCUGCCAAACUGUAUACGACCACAUUGUGCAAUUUACUGAUGUGUGAUGGUUUACAAGGACAAAGAAAAAGAGUAAGAAGGCAAAUGAUUAUUUACUAUUUGUUUUUAAUCCAGAAACAUUUGGGACGCAGGUUUUAUCGAACGCGGUGUUUUGUGUGGUGUUGUUUUCCAUGGACUUCAUAGAUCAUAGGAGUAGAUAAAGAAGCCGAAGUUAUUUUUUUUAUACUGGAAACGGCGACAAAAUAGCACAUAGUCCUCCUUAAAAUAAAUAAAUUACACUGCAUAGCGCGAAAUACCGAAGGGGCUAGAGAAUAGAUAGAGACAAGCUUGACACAUUAUUUAUUUUGUUAAUACGACCGAGAGAAAUUAUACGUAGUUAGCAAGAUUUUUUUUUUUCAUUCACUUUCAAGGGCUAGUAAUGAAAUAACCGCUCAGACUAACUUUAUAUAGUUUGCUUGAUAAACUAACUGUAUCAAUCUAUUAAAAACAGAAAAAGGACCGUUAUUUGUUUGAGUUUGAGGGGCUUAAAAACACGCGUGGUACUUUUAUUUAUUCUGUGGUAUUGGGAACACGUGAGAAGUUUGAUAAGGCUGUGACAGAUAUUUCCACAAAGAUUCCAAGAAGAUAUUUCGGUUACUUAUUUACAUAUGUUUGUUAUCCUGUUUGUUUUGUUUAAUUGUUAUGUUAUUGUUUUCGAUAUUAUAAUUACCUGAUGUAU